CGUCAGUUUUGCUCGCGUCUUCCUACCGCGCGCGCGUCUUUGCAUCUUUCUCUCUCUCUCUCUCUCUCUCUCUCUCUCUCUCUCUCUCUCUCUCUCUCCCUCUCUCCCCUCCCAUCUCCUUCCUCACUUUGUCGUUCUCGUACGCAAUAAUCGAGAGAGGGAAAUAUUUGGCGACGCGCGUGUCGUUGUCGGCCGGCGGCCAUCAUGGAAGAUUCGUACGAUAAACGUGUUUCAUAAACGAUUUCGGAACUUGACAAAAAGAAAACUUUGAAGUAUACGACAGUUCGAUUUUAUUGGCAUCCUCGGUGAUAAGACGUUUUCUCGAGCGAGAGGAGAAUGAGAGAUGUAAAGGGAGAACGAUCCUUCGUUGUGGUGAAAAAUGUGAACGGAACCUUGGCUACUAACAAUAAAAUCCUUUUUGCAAAGAGUGACAGCGUGCUAGUGGAUACAGAUCCAACUCGAGUUAGUAACAUGACGGCCAUUAACUCGGGUCCGGUCGGGGAGGUGGGCGGCGUUAGGCUGCCACUGCAAUCCUUACAUGGAUACGGGUCCGUGUUCAUGUACUCGUCGUUAACGAGUCCCGGCGGUGGUGGCGGCCAGGCUGCUGGAGGCGGGGGCGAAGUCACCCUCCGCCUCCGCGAACCGGAGGACAUACCGGAGGAGGUGCUCGCUCGUCUCGAGGACACUGCCACCCUUUCCAUCUCCCUUCAAGGCGAUGCGGUCCUGAGGCUAGGGCCGGCUGCCGCAGGAAAUGGCAGCUUGGAGCUGUUCGAUAACGAGAGUGGGCCGGAUCUCACGUUAUCGCCGCAAACCUUUACAUCAACGGCGGAAGCUUUCAUCAACGAUAAUAGCGAUAGCCUCGGUGUUCCGGGAGACAACGAUACGGGUAGCAGCGAGGAGUCGAAAGCGGGCACUGGGGAUCUCGGAAAACGAGGAGUAAAGAGACCACGGUCAAAAGCUUCCUCGCCGGUCAGACAAGGACCACAACAAUGUCAGGUAUGCGGAAAGGUGUUCAGCAACGCAUCGGCGCUCACGAAGCACAAAUUGACGCACAGCAACGAGAGGAAAUAUGUGUGCCUGAUGUGCGGGAAAGCGUUCAAGCGGCAGGACCACUUGAACGGUCACAGGCUGACGCAUCGAAACAAAAAGCCGUUCGAGUGCAAGGCCGAGGGUUGUGGAAAAUCCUACUGCGACGCGAGGAGUUUGAGGAGACACAGAGAAAAUCAUCAUGCCGGUAGCAAAGGAAACGAUAGCGUCAAUCCGAGCAGUCCGACGACAGGGCCUAACACGCCGAACACACCUGGUUCCAAUCCGAGCACUCCGAGUACGCCUGGCGCCACUUCGACCGCCGUGUCGAGCGGACACGGGCACACUGCCUUGAAACAACUCUUAGCCACGGAACCAACGAACCAACAACAAAAGAGUGCGUCGUCUCCGGGUGCCAGCAACGAUGGCCUCACGAAACAACAGCUCGAGCUUAUUCAGCAAAUUAUGCAACAGACGCAGCAGCAACAACAGCAACAACAACAACAACAGACGUCCGUGCAGCAGCAACAGCAACAGCAACAACAGAGAAACGGCUCGGCAAGUGCACCAAGCACCACGCAAAUGCAGAAAAGUCAAAAGCCGUCUGUCAAAUCAAACGCAUCGCUCAGCAAUCUCUCGAGUAAUUCCGGAAGUUCGAGCACGCCUAAUAACGCGCGAUCCAGCCCGAAGCCGAAAGCUUGGAACCACUCGCAGCAACAACAACAGCAGGCUCAGCAACAGCAGCAGCAACAACAACAGCAGCAGCAGCAACAACAGCAGCAGCAACAACAAGCUCAACAGCAACAGCAACAACAACAGGUUAAUUCGCCUGGAAACGGAAACGGAAACGUCGGAAAGGGUAGUCUCUCGCCGGGAAACUCAUCUUCUCCUGGAGCAGUCGUUACGUCAAACAAAUCUCAGGCCGAACUGAAACCAGUGGAGUGUAAUUUAUGCCAUAGAAAAUUUAAAAACAUACCUGCGCUCAAUGGUCAUAUGAGGCUACAUGGCGGUUACUUCAAAAAGGAUGCUGAGAAUAAGAAAAGCGAAAAAAAAGAAGUCGUCGGACCGCCUUUACAAACAGUUUCGAAUAGCGUCAGAGCACUAAUCGAAGAGAAGAUCAUUCAAAAGAGAACAACCGCUGCAGACGCGAACAUCAAUCAGCAGCCUCGGGUGAAUAAUAACAACGUAUUUACGAGUCAAGUCGAUAGCGGCUCUCAAAUCAAUGGGAAAACUGGCUUUGCUAUACCAGCACCUCCACCUUUGGCAACAAGCGAGAAAGUACGUAGGUUUUCUGAUGGAGAACAUUUUCGGCAACCGAACGUCACUGUAUGUGGGCACACGACUGUGCAAAAACAACUUCAGGAAGCGCAAACGCAAGCACAAGCGCAAGCACUGGCCGAUAUGAUACUGAAGAAUACUACAAAGAUGGCUGUAAAAAGAACCACAUCUGAUCCUGGUCAAAGAUUGCAUCUUACGUAUCAAUCGUCGGUACAAUCUACAACGAGUAGUCAACAGCAGCAGCAGCAGCAGCAACAACAACAACAACAACAACAGCAUCAAUCUCAGACAACAUCCGCCGUCACGGAAUCCUUCACAAUGGCAGGAUACUCUGAAGAUGGUGGUUACUUCAGCCCAAGUUUACAAGACGAAGUAUUUCAGCAAGUUACAACUGUACCAGAUAGCGUUCUUCCUCAUGCUACUCAAUUGGACUCUAUUCAAUUUCAGACUGCGAACUUGUUGCAAGAACAAUCUAGCGAGCAAUUACAAGACAUAACGCUUGAAGACAGAUAUUCGUCGCAACACACGGUCAAUCCAGAUCUCCAGGCUUUAGUAAACUCACCGCUCCCAGAUUCUUUGGCAGAAUUUAGUACCUACGGUGCCCAAUAUACGGAAAGUCCACACACAUUGCCAACGCAAUCGCCACUACCAUCUCCGCUUACGAGACAUGACAGCCCUAGUUUUACAUAUCCAACACCACCGGCCAGUCAGGAAGGACUCCUCACUGGGAGUCUUCCUUUGUUGAGCCCUCAAGAAGAUCCCGAAUCGGUCCGUCAAGUUUCAUCGCCUUUAUCUGCGGCUUUUUACACGACGACGAUGUCUUCGGCGGCGGCAGUGGAAGAGGCUUUGAGCGAAGUUUUGCCUGGCGAAUCGGAAGCAGAUGCAGGUCUUUACGGUUCUCCAUCGCCAAAUCCACAUUCACCUCUCCCAAGUCCACUCUCGGCAACGCCAGCACCUUCUCCUCUUUCAUCUUUGCCACCGUCCUCGGUGUCUUCUCCCGGACCCGUUACCUUUACUAACACCAGUUUUCCUGUGUCACCUCAUCACGCUCUCCAAAGUCAAAUGAUGCCAAACUCGGAAGAUCCGCUCUUAUCGUCAACACCGAAGGAUUUCACAACCGCUGGUCGCCGUAGAUUCGAAUUCCAAUCGUACAAACUCGUCACCAGUCAAAAUCUCGUCGACUUUGGCUUAGGCAACGGUAGCCUCGCUAGCAUAGUCGUCGACAAUAACGGCGAGUUAAAACUCAUUCAAACGGCAGGUUUGCCGAAGACAAACGUUCUCGUGCAAGCGGGUUCCCUUAGUCCAGCGCUUGCAUUCAAGAAGGAAAUUCGACUAGCUACACCAAAAGUCGAGCCUGUUACCGUAAAUCUCGGCCUAAACGUACAAACGCAAAAUCAGUUUAAUGCAGGACAAUUCAAUCAGCAGCAAGUCGUUAAUCCGGCCAAGUUUCUCGUUCAAACUAAUCACGUCGGAAAGAACAAUAGUUUAAGACAGAAUAAGGGGAUGAUAGGCGGCAAUCUUUCGAUACCGAUAGAGCAGAUAAAGGAAGAAUUGUUGGACGAGGAUGUAUUUCUUAGCCCUAGCAGCGUUUCCGUUGACAGCCCAAUGCGACAAUGCAGGAAAAGACAACGAAUGGAUGGCCAAUAUACCAACAGCUCGUAUUCCUAUCCAUCAAAAUUGAGGAAACUCUGCGAUCGGCAUUGGGACAGUAGUUACACUCCACCGCCUAUAUUAGAUCCUACUCGUCUUGGUUCGGGACUUUAUGCGAGACUGCAUCAAUACGAAAAAGAUUCGGAUUUUAGUUCAGAUGAUUCUCAAGGAAACGAAGGUCCACCACCUAGAAUCAACAUAGGCACCAGAUAUCAACCCACUAUUCCACCAUUAGGUUCCGACGUAGACAGAGGGAAAGGAGGACCCGAAGAGGACCAUCUUCUUUGGGAUCCAGGCAUAAAUGAUUUAGUCACUAACAACGAGUUGGAUAUGUAUUUACAUUUUGCCUGUUGUGCCGGCAUACCAGGAGGUGGAAGAAAUACGGAAUAUGCGCUUCAUUUGUUACACAUGUGUAAAGGAAAUAUUCAUGAAGCUAUGCUAAAAUUGAUGAGACCAACGCCCACGUUACCUUCUGAACAUCCGUUGCUCAGUCACGAAUGCCAUGAAUCCGAUCGUUGGACAGCACACGAGAUGGAUACGUUCUAUCAAGGAUUACUUAAAUAUAAUAAGGAUUUCUUAUUAAUUUCACGAGACUUAGGAACUAAGUCGGUUAAGCAAUGCGUGCAAUUCUAUUAUCUCUGGAAAAGACUUUGCUCCGAUGAUUAUAAGCGGCUACGCGUUCACCACGGAAAGCCAAAAAUCAAAAUUGAAAAUAAGGAUUGUAAUGAUAUGAGAGAGCUUCGCGACGCCAUUUCAUCCGUUACAGAAAUGGACUUCAACGAAGAAAAAUCAAUCCUUCAUCGUACUCUAUUACAGACAAACGAGAGAGAAAAUUCAGCGACUUUCACUACCAGCGAAGGAGAAUUAAGAUUAUUCGCCUAUGACUGCCCUGAUAGUUUUCAACAAAGUGAAAAGCAGAAGCGCACACAUGAAGUCACACAGGUCAAUACCAUCCCCCGAUUCUACGGGUCAGGAGUCUAAACGUCCGAUGCAACAAUCGAAGCUGCAACAAUUGCAGCAACCGAAUCAACAAGUAAGGCAGCAGCAGCAGCAACAGCAAGAGCAACAAAAGCAGCAACAAUCAAACGGUGUAUCCUCGCAAACUCAAGAAUACUUGCAACAACAGCAGAUAUCUUUGAUGAACAACGACACCGAUGUUCAAAGUGCAGCGCAUAUAUGGCAUAACCCAACAAGACUUAGGCCACCAUAGGGGGAGACCAUCAUAAUUCAACUUAAGUUACCUUAACGAAGGCUGUUUCUAACGGUAGGAAUUUUGAUUACGAUCGCGCGAUAACAUAAGCAGGUUCUUGUUUAUCCGUACGCGAUAAUACGAUUAUCUCUUCCUACCUCAGUGAAGUGGUGAAAAAAGAAAAA